AUGGAUUUCAGUGGGAACGUGAAGAAUCCUUUCCUUUUCGACGACCCCGCACCACCAGCUGAUGUUGGAGAUGCUGCCAUCAACCCCUUCCUUAUGGGAGGGGCAUUUGACUAUUCUGAAGCGACUUAUACUGGCAUCAAUCCAUUCAGUGAUCAGAUUGAUGACUCUAAUGCCGCUGCUGCCGGUCUCUUUGGGGACCCGGUGUCGUACCCCACCGACAUGAAUCCCUUUGGUAUUGUUGCCUCCGAUAUAUCACAGCCUUUUAGUGAAGCAACGCCACAAACCCAGGCAGAUUUCUUUGGCACACCUGUUUCCCAAGUAAAUGAAGUUUCAGAAGAUCUUUUCGGCAGUCCAGUGUCGCCUCCAGCGGUUUCACAGGUGGCCCACCAUCCCCCAAUGCCUCCAGCCCGACCGCCUGCACCAUCCUCCCCCAUUGUUGAUCUGAUGAAUGACGGUCCCAUUGCACAAGAGGUCACCACAGCCCCAGGAAGACCACCACCACCAAGGCCUCCACCUCCAUCCAAAGAAACAAAAGAUCUUCUACAAACUGUUAUAGGGGCCAUGGAGGCAACUACAGACACAUUACAUGAAAGACUGAACACAACCAGAACUCCAUGUCCAUCACCUGGGAGUGGCGCAGCCAACUCUCGCAGCCCCACACCAGACAUACACGUGACCUCUCCCCAAAAGGACCCUGAUGCGUUCAGUGCCAUCUUUGGUCAAACUAUAGACAUGAGUGACCCCGAGAUGGAUGACACUAAGGCUACUACCAAUACAGCACCGCACCCUACACCUGCUACCUCAGAUGAAUUUGACCUCUUUGGUGACUCUCAACCUUUAAAACCCAGAACCAACCAAGAUAUUCUUAGUUUAUUUAAUAUGCCUCAAAGAAAACAAUCACCGCAAGUUGAUUUAUUAUCUGAUGACUUAUUGUCGUCAGCUUUAUCCGCUGAAAAGAGUGCAGCGGAUAAAGAGACUGCCACUGACCUCCUCUCUGGUGCUCCUGUUGAUGACUCGAAACCUGCCAGUGUGUUAUCUGGAGAAGAGGUAAGCAAGGCCUCGAGUAUUCUCACCCCGUCUGACAAGGAAUCUGUCUCAAGUGAAACGCCUGCAAUUUCAGAAUAUUUCCUUCCUCCUGACAGUCAAAGUGAAACAACGCAAAUGGAAGAAUCUGUAUCCCCCGAACAGACCAGUGAGCAGACUGACAGUGAACCCACUGUGAUUGAAGCAACUUAUCAGGACAUUAAUGAAGAAGCUAACAAAAUACCUGUAUUAGGUACAGAGACCCAGGAUUCAUCUUCAGCAAACGAAGAAAAGGUGGAAGCCAUGGAAGCGUUUGGCUCUCCUGAGCCAGCUCCUCCAACAGUGAACAGCGAACAGUCAAAUUCUCCAGAAGUGUCGAGUCACUUGAGCACCCCAGUAAAACCUACACAACCCGAAUCAGCGAGUGAAAUCAAUAGUUUAGGAGAUCAGAGCAAAACAGAUGUUAGUGAUGCGUUUGGUAUACUGGAUAUUCCGUCUUCCACGAGUGAGCCAAAGGAUAGUGCGAUGGAUGCAUUUGGAGACUCCACCGCUUUUGGAGAAAAUGAUGCUUUUGGAAUUCCAGACGCUUUCGGAGAGCCCUCCAAACCUGACUCUGAAUCAGCAUUAUUUGGAGAUACGUCGAGUUCAUAUUCGAGCACUACGACUAAUAAUGAUGCAUUUUUCGGCGCACCACAAACAGCUCCUCCAGCUGCAAGUCUUUUCGGCGACAUUUCAGAACCUGAACCUCCAGCUUCUCCAGCAGCUGGUCUCUUUGGUGAUAUGCCUCCAGCUUCUCCAGCAAGCAGUCUCUUUGGAGAAGUUGCUCAGCCUGCGCCUCCAGCAUCACCUGCGGCGGGUCUGUUCAAUAACACUUCCUCAACUGGUUCCUCAGGUUUCGAUAUUUUUGGAAGUGAACCAACUACAGUUCCAGUACCACCAGGAGCAGACUCCACCGGGGCAGCUCUCUUUGGUUCUACAGCCCCAGCACCAAAUGUCGGCAUGAGCUUAUUUGGAGGAGGUGAUGAGCCAUCAUUAGAUAUCUUCGCUGAGAGUGAUGGGAAUACGAUGGUCAAUCCAUUUGCUCCCCCGUCCAAAGUACCGACCACAGCGCUGCCCGUGAAGGCAGUUCCCACUUCUGUUGGUGGGGUGAAGGUUGCCACGGAUGAAGAAUUUGACGCCUUCUCUGCCAGAUUCGACAGUGCUGUCGUUGAAGAGGGAGACGAGCUCCAUGUCGACCCAUUCGCCUCUUCAGUACGAGCAUCUUCACCUUGGGGCGACACAGGUGGACCAGGUGGGGUACCUACUGAAGGGUUCGGUUUUGGUGAUAGUGCCACCUUCGACGCCUUCCUGGCCAUGAACGAGCCGCCGCCCGUCCCACAGUCCACCCCACGUCGAGCUGCACGACAGACUUCGGCAGAUUCGGACGAGGGACCAAUGAGUGUGGUUAUCAAGCCUGCUGGGCUAGAGGCGUCAGGAGCUUCCCCACGGGCAGUGUCACCAGUCCCAGUGUUGGCGCCGCCCCCCGCAGUUGCUGGCACCACUGCUUUCAUCGAUACAACACCCAGAUUCAAUCCAUUUGACAGAGGGGCUGAAGAUGUGGCUGAGGCGGCCAUUGAUGCUACCGCGCGUCCCGGGGAGCUGGAGCGAACUGACUCGCAGGAGACGCCGCCAACGCCACUGUUCGAAGAAGAUCAGUCUCAGCCGCUGGAGCCCUACCCAAGGACUCAGCUGCCGGCGCCCAUGUGGGAGAUGCACCUCCGCCAGCCCAACAAGAAGAAGAUUACAGGACAAAGGUUCUGGAAGAAGGUGUUUGUUAAGCUGACGGACGGCUCUGGUCUGCAGCUCUUCAACAGUAAGGAUGACAAGGACCCCUUCCAGGAGCUACCUCUUCAGGCCUGCUACUCUGUCUCUGAUAUAGGAGCCCAGCAAUUUGAUCAGUUCGGCAAAAUCUUCACCGUCAAAGUACAGUACAUCUUCUACAAGGAGCGCCCUGGUGUACGACCCGGCCAGGUCUCCAAAGCAGAAAGACUCACCACCAGGAUCUCCAAGUUUGCUCAGCACGCCAUCGCCGGCGACUACGAGCACGUGAAGGAGUUUGCCAGCGACGUGCGCAAGCUGGGUAUGCCCGUCGAGCACGCCCCUCAGAUCUCUCAACUCCUCAAACUCGGCACCCAGAAUUACGAAGACCUCAAGUUGUUCGCGUCGCUUGUAGAGGAGCAGCUGUUCAUCCUCACCGUACACAGAGACCGCGCCCUUAACUACAAGUCGGAAGAGGUGCAGUUGACGGCGGUGGAUGAGAUUUACGUGGAGCAAGACGCUAAGAAUGUUGUUCACAGGAUGAUCGCCAGGGUCAGGGUAUUCUUCCUGGGCUUCAUCUCAGGUAUGCCAGAAGUGGACCUGGGUAUUAACGACAUGAGGAAACAAGGGCGUGAGGUGGUGGGCCGACACGACAUCAUCCCAGUCGUCACAGAAGAGUGGAUCCGCCUUGAGGCUGUUGAGUUCCACUGUUGUGUCAAUAGCGAGGAGUUUGAAACGACUCAACACAUCAAGUUCAAGCCACCCGACGCCUGCUACAUAGAACUCAUAAGGUUCCGCGUGAGACCACCGAAGAACCGAGAGUUGCCCUUGCAAGUGAAGACUAAGGUCACCAUUCAAGGACGCCGGGUAGACAUCUUCUGCGAGAUCCUCGUCCCGGGCUUCUCCGGCAGGAAGCUUGGACAGGUUCCUUGUGAGGACGUAGUGGUGAGGUUCCCUCUUCCCGAAUGCUGGAUUUACCUGUUCCGGGUCGAGAAGCACUUCAGAUAUGGCUCUGUCAAAUCUGCACACAGGAGAACGGGUAAAGUAAAAGGAAUUGAACGGCUGAUGGGUACUGUAGAAACCGCGGACUCAGCGCUGAUGGAGGUCACUUCAGGUCAAGCCAAGUAUGAGCACCAGCAUCGAGCCAUCGUGUGGAGGAUGUCUCGUCUACCCAAGGAGGGUCAGGGGGCAUACACCAUGCACAACUUCUCCUGUCACAUGAAUCUCACCGCCUAUGACCAGAUGCCAGAGUCCCUGGACAAAUACUGCUACGUGGAGUUUACAAUGCCGGCCACUACUGUUAGCCAUUGUGUGAUGCGCUCAGUCUCCGUCACCAGUGAAGACCCCCCAGAGAAGUACGUAAGGUACCUGGCUCGCCACGAGUACCGCAUCGAAAUGGAGUUCUCCUCGGGGUCUGGUCCAGCUGACUAUGUCGCCGCCACUAUGAAAGACCCGGAGAUACAGCAGAAAGAAGAAGCUGCGCGCAAACAACAAGAGCAACAACAACAACAACAAAAACCACAAAACCAUGAGUCCAGUAGUGAAGACUCCUCCUAACCUCUGCCUUAUACAGGCCAAUCUCAAGGCUGACUCCGCCUCCUAGGCCGGAGCUGCUCUAACAUAACAGGGUUUUACAUGAAGGCUUCAAGACAUGCUUGUGUGGCUACUGAUGACUGCUGCGCUGACCAAGACAUUGUACACGUUCUUGGAAAGCAGAAUUCAUAUUAAUAUUGUAUGGUGCUCGUAUUAAACACGUGUUUGUAAUUGAGCAUCAGGGUCAACUAUAAAAAAAAACUUUCUGAGAAAUUGCCGAAUCUGACAUAAUUGCACAUGCAUACGAAAUUUUUUUUGCAGAAAAAAUGUCUUGUAGUGCCUAACUUCGUAUUAUUAUUUUGUGCCAAAGGCUAAUGAAGACUCGACAAACUAAGCCGAAGUAUUGCUCGGCACUUGUAAUGAUGACUUAAGGUGCAGUAAUUAAUUCCAUGUCGUGUGUUGUAUUGUGAACGAGAACAUCGAUAUCAUUGUGUCGGAGGGCGUGACCCUUCGCCUCAUACCACAGUGGGACAGUUCCUCGUAGUUGUUGUCUAUAUGAAAAUUAUAUACAAAAAACCGCAACUUCAGAAAGAGUACUCAACGAGAUGAAAAGGAACUCCAUGUUUCGUCUCUUUUAUCUUAUCUGCCUGUCUACAUAAUACUGGCCAGGACUGUGAUAGGUUAUUUGUGGGAGCUUCCUUGAGAGCUUUUUCCGAAUGUGGUUCACUACUCAUCGUCUGUGUCAUAAGGUGAGUGGUCUAGUUAUCUUAACUAUACUAUUGUUUGAAGUAGGUUGAAACGCGUGCAGAACACAUAUCUUAUUUCAUGAGUUACCCUGUUAUCGACGGUCGCUUCUCUGCUAUGUAAGUCAUUGAUAGGCGAGACUAUAAAAAAAAACUCAAAUCUAGUUGUUACAUUAAACAAAUUUUAAUAUAUAUCGCAUGCAGUAAAUUUCAUGUUAAGUAUUUGGAAUUUUUUGGAUUUGUGAUCUGAAGAAAAACCUAAGAAAUGUAAGCAGUGAGAGAAGUGGUUACCGCGCUGUGAGACCCAUUUUAGUCUUUCUCAAGCAGGCCAUUGUGUCGUGCUAGGCUACACUCCUUCUCUUCACUCACUCUUAUCAUUGUAAACCUUGUUGUAUAAGCUAAUCUGGGCCUUUUAUGUCGUGUUUUCUUCCAUAUUCUAUAAGUCUUUCUUGACAUUAUUGCAAUGAAACAUGCGCAUAAUAUUUUCCAAACUCGUUUUCCUUGUCACAAAUUCUGUUUAUAAACUCUUCUGUGUACCGUUUUACUUAGUUCAAUGUUUUGGAGAUUAAGGCUUGUAUGGUCUUUGUUUUAUAGUAUUUUCAUUGCAUACUGUACCAGGACAUUAGCAUUUGUCUUCUUAUUCAGGGAACUGAAUUUUUUAAGCUUCUCCCACUUGUACGACCUAUCCACCUCUACUUAAUGAUUUACCCUACAUCACUCUACCUCUCUCUUGUCACUUCCCCAAUGUUCUAAGGCCCUUUCUUUACUCUACCUACUCUAAGCUCUCGUGUAUCGAGGAUCCUUAUAAUCCACUUAUUCUGCAUUACUGCAUUUCUCUUAUACACCACAUAUCUUAAUCUCUCUUAGUAAUUUUUAAAGAUAACUGUAUCCCACAAAGGACUCUUUUCUGUCUCACGCUUCAUCACUAGCCUACACAAGAACACCUCAUGGUAGCGUCGAGCACAACAUGGGUUUAGGGGCCAACUUAGGGGCCGCUAUUAUAUGAGAGUAUAAACCUCCUCUUUCACACUAAUUUAUUAAAUCAAUAUAUUGUAAAAGUGUUAAAGUAGUAAAACAUUAUGAGCACAGUGCGUUGUAUACUCUCAUAAGGUAGGAGCCGACCUGUCCUGUAAGUGAUGUUGUCUCGGGCUGUCUCUUUGUAAACAGGGAUUACAAAGUCAGUUUUGUAUCGACGGUGCACGUGCUCACAUACUUUGCUGCUGUUGGUGUAAAUACUAAGAGAAUUUCUAGUGUUAGAUUACUUGUGUUUUGUUGAUUUGUUUGACGUUAAAACUUCUGGUGAUCUCAGAGUGCCAGAACGACGUAUUGCAGCAACAUACCAAAGAAGUAGGAGAUACUUAUUAUCAGUUGUCACAAUUCACUUGGGUGCCACCUUAUAUCUUACUAUAGGGAGGAUGGGUCUACCAAUGCUAAACCGCUACUACUGACACCAUGUUUAAGAUGUCACCCCAGUGAGUGCAGGCACCUGAUAUCUUCGUGGGAGACCAUGAUAUUGUUAGUUUCUGUAAGUAGGUAAAGCGACCUUCUCGAUGUAAACUGAAUUCCAUUUCUUUACAAAGAGUGUGUUUAUACUUGCCUGAGGUGUCGCCGUGGUGGGUGGUCCAUGCAGCAUAUCACGGAACUUAGUAAAGAAUGAGAGUGAUGUGCGCCCUGAGAACGAAGCUUAAUGUAUGAUAUUGUAAUAAAGUCUUUGGUCAGUUACUUCGUGAACAGGGAAGAAUUUCGGAGCACCAUGCACACAGCGAACGAAGUCCUUACUAGUGAUAAUCUGAAGAAACAGACCAAACGUACUAACGUGUUAUUGUGUACAUAAAGUGUUGUGGUCCACGGGGUCGCUCGCCCCUGUGUGCCUGUGGUGACCACUACCGUGUCAACAAGUGACUCACCUCUUGUGUGUAAUAAGUCAAACAUUCUGAUUCUCGUAAUGAGGUAUUAUUUUUAAUUUGCUCUCAGGCGUUAUUUUUUACGUUAUCUGGGAGGUAACACCAUGUCCGUCUGUUGUGAGUACUCUCGGCUUUAACACUUGCUGACGGAGGAUAAUAAACUAGUCUCUCAUAAGUUGUAAGUAAUACUCACACCAGCAGUAAGUGAGGCGAGGAGCACUCACAACACGACGGCAGGGACUCUCCAGGUGGCUGGGUCGGAUGAGUGCAAUGUCUAGUCAAUAGGGUUAAGGAUAGUCUAGAGUAUGAAGAUGUAUAUAGUUCAAAGUGUCUUCUUCACAACAGAAUGUAUCGUGACUAUCAAUGGAUGUUACCACAUUAUUCUCCCGUGUUCAGCGUUUGCAGAUUGUUGUAGUGUUGAAAUUAUUUAUUUUCUUCGACAGAUAUUGUCUUCAUAAUGGAGGAGAUUUUGUAACACCAAGUGUACAGUGUCUGGAACGACAAAACGUGAAUGUGGAAACCUUUUGACAUUUUCCUUUCCGUGUAAAUGAGAUUUCACACAUUCUCAUGACAUACACAUUGUAAAGAGGUAUACAGCACAUUCAAAUAAAUGCAUUCAGAUUGCAUAUAACUACUAUAUGAAUUUAUGUAUAAAAAGAAAUCUUCCAUUGUUCAUUGUAUCUAUGGCAACAUAGGCAUUCAUUACCAGAAGUUAAAAAAAUACAUAGUUUACCCUAAAACAGGCUGUUGCCGGACCACGUUCUCUGUAUUAACUUCCAUUCCCCCUUACUGCAGACAUCCCUUAUCACAUUCGGGAAAUAAACGACCUCGUUGGAAUUUUAACGUUGACAGGAGUUGAGGUGAUGUGAUGUAGGGUGUCUCCCUAUCUAUGUUGUAGUUUCGUCCCGAGCGUGUGUGUACUGUAUGUAGCCAAUAACAAGGGCAAAAUAAAAGUGAAAUGUUGGACCGAA